AUGCCAAGUGUGCACAAAGAAAAGCAAUUAUGCGCGGGUCUACCAGAAGGUGGUCGCGAUGCUUGCCAGGGUGACAGCGGUGGACCAUUGCUGUGCAAUGGGACGCAAGUUGGUAUUGUCUCUUGGGGCGAAGGAUGCGCUCGUCCAAAUAGAGCGGGUGUUUAUUCUCGCGUAGAUUUUUAUCUAGAAUGGUUAAAUGAGACUAUUGUUCGAAAUGAAGCCAUGAAAUGCUCCUUCCAAAACAUGUUAAUGAUUAUUUUCACAUGUUACUUUCUGUAUGAGAGAAUACAUUGAUUAUCAUAAGUAUAAGUCAAACGUACAAUAUAAUUCUGUACUUUAUUGUAACGUAUGUGAUUAUUGUGUGUUGAAAAUCUUAUUCUGAAUAGAAAGUUAUUUAUCGUAUAUUAAAAAUAUCAUUAAUUCGUAUGCAAAAGUGAUUUGUAACUAUCAGCUUUAUAUAUACUUUGGAAAGUUAUUUUUUUUUAUCUUACAAAAAUAAAUUAUAUGACUUUGAAAAGUUAUUUCUUAUCUUACAAAAAUAAAUGACUUUUAAAAAUUUAUUUUUUAAUCAAAGAAAAAGAUAGAGUUUAUUCGUAUUAUUAAGAUCAAUUUAAAAUUCUUGCUAUUAAUAAUUAAAAGUAGCUACUUUAGAAAAUUAUCUGCUGAAAAAGUCUUUUUAGAAGAUUAUUUAGCGAAAGAAAGAGAAAAUUUGUGCUAUUUUGGAAAAUUAUUUUUUGCUCUCUUAUAAAAAUAUUUUUUUUAGAAUCUAUCAUUUAGAGAAGAAAUAGAGAUUUCGUUUAUAUCAUUAAAGUAAUAUAAGAUUUUUGCUUCUAAUUAAAAAAAUUUUUUAUCAUUUCCUUUAUUAUCUCCCAUUGCACCAAGGUAUGUCGUAUUCCGAUACUAUUAUAAACGCUAUUGCGCUGCGACAUUUUUAGAUUUAUUCUCUCUCUCUCUUUCUCUGUGUAUUCUUCU